AUUACUCCCCAUAUACCCAACUCCCCACUACCAAAUGUUCUAUAUUUCUCCUCUUUGUUCACACGCAACCUUCAAUUUUCUGAAGGGAGUUGCAAAUCAAGAUAAGGCGGUUACGAGAUCGUGAUCCGGGUGGGGAAUGGAAGGGGUGUCUGUUAAUGUAUACAACGGAUUAAAGCAGUACUGGAAGAGGAAGGGAUACGAGAGGAUAGGCCGCGGCGGCCGGAGAAGAAAGUACGGCGGGGACGGGGACGGGGACGGAGCUAGCCGCCGGAAGAAACCGUCGUGGAGGAUAAAGCUCACGCCGAAGCUCAAGCUCAAUCUCAACCUCCGAUUUUCCCCUAAAAAGCUUCUUAUUCGCCUCCGCAACGCUUACGUCAACAUGAUGCUGAGGAUUGCCAACACACGCGUCAUCGGCGGCGGCAUGGGCGGAUUUCCCGGCGACACCGGCGUCGCCGGCUUCGGAACCCGGCCACUCAAGGAGUACGACGAGAGGAUGCUCAUCCAGAUCUACAAAUCUAUGCUGGCAGCUCACGGUCAAGCUCAACUGGUUCCCCGUGAUGCACCGCCCCGAAUCGCCAACCCUAUUACGUGUCCACGUUAGGGUAAAAUUCCUCCCAAACACAAAACUAUACAAAAUAACUUUUUCACUUUUCACCACACAUUUUUCUGGGUUUUAAUCCAGUAAAAAAUAACGCCGUUAUCACUUACUUCCCUUUCACCGCUUUUACUAGUCAAGCUCAUUAAAUGCUAGCAAAAAUUUGGCAUGCUAUAAUAUAAUACCGCUGUGCACUAAUUACUGUAAUUCUAAACUCAUAAUCUUAAUUAGUACUUCCAAGUUCAUCUCA